GAGCCCCGCGUGUCCUGAGAACUAACUCCCUUCACCCUUCUUCAUUCACAGCCUUCAUCAUCCCGUCUCAUCUUCCCAGAGUUCUGCAAUCCAGGCUGUCCUUGAGAUCGGUUUGUACAACGAAUUUAUGAAAAAAAAAAAGUGGACCAAGAGAUUAGGGGAAGCUGCGGAUUAAGUCCUUUUUAGGACUGCGAGCCUGGUGGCCCGCGUGGAAGGAGCACGACUAUCGCCUGGCUGACAGAAGUGCUGUCCUCCCGUGGCUCCUGCGCUCGGCGACCCCGCCCGGGGACCGCCCAGCGCCGGGGCUGGGUUUACUCAUCCGGAGAGGUAAUCCCAGGCGCGAGGGCGGGAACUAGGCGUCAGGAGAACCCAGUAAUCCGAGAAUGCAGCAUCAGCCCUUCCCACCAGGCACUUCCUUCCUUUCCCCGAACGUUCAGAAAGGGAGGGCUGCGCACUUAUAAACUCGGGCCAGGGCCUACCGCAUGUCAGAGGCUGCCUCGCAGGGGCUGCGCGCAGUGGUCUGACGCCUGUGCUCUGGGACAGACGCCAGCCGCUGUCGCUGCCAGCUCCUUGCGCUUCUCAGCCCGGGCGGGGCGCCAGCCCUGUCGCGGUGCCUGCGCUCUUCCUGGCACCUGCACGCGGGGUGCCGGGACAGCAUGCUCCGGGUCCUUCUCCUCAGCGUUCUGGCCCCCGCCACCCUGGGGCUUCGGGCACCCCCAGAACCGCAGCCUCGCGGCAGUCAGUGCAUUGAGCACGACUGCUUUGCGCUCUUCCGGGACUCCAAGAACUUCCUCGCCGCCAGCCAGGCCUGUGAGCGCCUGAGAGGCCACCUGAUGACCGUGCGCUCCUCAGUGGCAGCUGAUGUCAUCUCCCUGCUACUGAGCGGCGACGACAGUCACGGUCGUCGCCUGUGGAUCGGCCUGCAGCUCCCACCCGGCUGUGGCGACGCAGAGUACCUCGGUCCCUUGCGCGGCUUCCAGUGGGUUACGGGCGACAACCACACCAGCUACAGCAGGUGGGCGCUGCUCCACAAGGACCCAACACCUCUCUGCGGUCCGCUGUGCGUCGUGGUCUCGGCUGCCGGGGCCCACGCGCCGGGCGAGCCGGCCUGGGAGGAACAACAGUGCACCACAGAGGCUGAUGGCUUCCUCUGCGAGUUCCAUUUCUCAGCCUCCUGCAGGCCUCUGGCUGUGGAGGCCAGCGCCGCGGUGGCCGCCAGCGUCUCGAUCGCCUACAGCACCCCGUUCGGGGCCCGCGGCGCGGACUUCCAGACGCUGCCGGUGGGUAGCUCCGCCGCAGUGGCGCCCUUCGGAGUGGAGCUGGUGUGCGAGGAGCUGCCGGGAGAGGCCGAGGCGCGCUGGGGCCGGAAGGUGCCAGGCACCUGGGACUGCUGCGUGGAGAACGGCGGCUGCCAGCACACGUGUAACCAAAGCGCCGGGGUGUCGCGCUGCCUCUGUCCUGCCGAUUUUACCCUGAAUGCCGACGGGCGCUCCUGCUCCGCGCCUGGGGAGCACUCGUGUGACAAACUCUGCGAGCACUUCUGCGUCCGCAACCCGGACGUGCCCGACUCCUACUCAUGCAUGUGCGAGACUGGUUACCAGCUGGCUGCGGACCAGCACCAUUGCGAGGACGUGGACGACUGUGAGCAGGUGCCCAGACUGUGCCCUCAGCUUUGUGUCAACACGAAGGGCGGUUUCGAGUGCCACUGCUACCAAGGUUACGACCUGGUAGACGGCGAGUGCCUGGAGUCCGUGGACCCGUGCAUCGGGACUAACUGCGAGUACCAGUGCCAGCCUGUGGGCCAAACUGACUACCGCUGCGUCUGCGCGGAGGGCUUUGUGCCCGACCCCCAAGACCCCCACAGGUGCCAGAUGUUCUGCAACCAGACUGCGUGCCCAGCUGACUGCGAUCCUAACACCUCAACUCUCUGCCGGUGCCCUGAGGGCUACAUCCUGGAAGAGGACUCCAGGAUGUGCACCGACAUCGACGAGUGCGACAAUGAAUACUGCCCCCACACAGAUGCGUGCCGCAACCUCCCCGGCACCUAUGAGUGCAUCUGCGGGCCCAACUGGGCCCUCGCCGGCCGGACUGGCACCGACUGUGACCCUAUCAAGGUGAGCGGUGGCGACGAUGGCGGCUCUGGAGAGCUCCCGGUCAGCCCCACUCCUGGGACAACCUUGAGACCGUCGCCUGCAGGGUCUAUGCAUUCUGGGGCGCUCAUUGGCAUCUCCAUCGCUAGCUUGUCUCUGGUGGUGGCGCUUUUGGCACUCCUCUGCCACCUGCGCAAGAAGCAAGGGGCCACGAGGGCCCAGCUGGAGUACAAGUGCGGGGCCUCAGCCAAAGAGGUUGUACUGCAGCACGUACGAACGGAGCAAAUGCCUCAGAAACUCUGAGGGACCUCCCUCUCUGACCCCAGUUGUUGACUUGGACUUUCCUUCCCUCCAGUGCCUUAUUCCCCUGUUCUCCCCCAGCCUUACUCCCUGGCCACCCUUAGCGGGCAUCAGAACUGGAAAAGACACCUCACCCCUUUUUUCACUGAUUCCAUGAAUGGCUGGGGAGAGGGAAUUAGGAGGAUGCACCCCAGUUGCUCCCAUGAGAUCACAGAUCAACUGGGCAGAGAUGGCAAUUGUACAAUGAAGACAGAGACUGCAGAGUGUCCCAUGCCCUCCCCAUGGGGUACAAGAGGGGUUAGUGGUCCACAGCAUUUUGCGCAGAUUAUGAUCUGAUGAACUAGUGAGUGUAAUCCUGUCAUCGAUGAUGACCAAGAUAUUUAUUUUUUAAGUAUUUGGGACACUUUUUCUUUUUUCCCUGUGUGUGUGUCUUCAGACCCACUUUUGAGUCCCUCCUGCCAUUCUCUCUCUCUCUCUCUCUCUCUCUCUCUCUCUCUCUCUCUCUCUCUCUCUCUCUCUCUCUCUCUCUCUCUCUCUCUCCUUCCCUAUCUAUAUGUUUAUGUACUCUCAUUUAUCAUGUAGCAGUUAACGUAUCUUGGUGAAUUUUUUUCAGCCUCCCACAUUUACAAAACCAAGCCUCAUUUUCCCCAUUCCUCCCAAUUUUCCCCUUGCCACCCACCUGAGUCACCUUACCUGUGUCUGACCCUACUUGUGCUCUUAGCUGUCUGCCUAGACAGAACUCUUAUGAGAAACAGAAACAAAAACACUAAAAACAAGAAUGGUUGGGCAUUUGUUCUUUUACCAGAUUUGCUAAUUUAUCCUGAAGUUUCAGGCUUCCAGAGUGAUGAUAACAUUUUUAAAAAGGUUAAGAUGUGAGAGGCAUUUCUUAAAUUAAUGUUGCUGGACUGUCAGAAAUUUGACCCAAGGAGUUUUUAUUUUUAUUUUGUGAACAAUGAGCCUGGGUUUUAUUAUUGUUAUUGUUUGGUUUAGACUGAAAGGUAGUAAUUGUUAAGCUUCUCAUACAGUUGCCUGUUCCAUUAUUAUUAUUAUUAUUAUUAUUAUUAUUAUUAGUCAUUUUUAACAGUGUUGAAAUGUUCACAUGAUUGCUCUAGAUUGAGAGAAGAAGGAAGCACCUCCUAGGAGACAGUAUAAGAAAGUUUUGAGCUGCAUAAUUCAUGUCAAUUACCGUUUUGAUUCUCACUGUUUUUGUAAUUUGUAGGCCAAAAUAAAACCAGCUGUACUUUUUUGGGGGGGGAUUUGGGGAUGGAGCCUAGAGGAUGCCCAGUUAGAGCCUCACCUUGAUCAAGCCCUUGAGAAUUUCUUCCACUUCAGAGGGACCUUAUAACCUGAAGCAGCUGGUUAGAAAUGUAGAAACUUGGGCUCCACCCCACCUGCAGCAAGACGAUGUGUAUUUUAACAAGAUUUGCAGGGGGUUUAUCUUCCCAGUAAGUUUGAGGAGAGCUGUUCCAGACAGCUUCCAAGUUUCUGGAAUAUGCUAAAUAUGGAUCAGUAGCAAGUAGCAGGCCAAGUCAGGCCCCCUUUUCUCAAGAAACUGAGGAAUUUUCAUGUCAUAGCUUUGCUUUCCUAUAGAAAAGACUAGGUACACACUUUUCAACAUUGCUACACAGGGUCUUUGGUUCAACUAAGCUAGGAAUGAAAUCAUGUAUGGAAAAAAUAAGUAUCAUGUAAGUGUAUUUUUCCUGACACAAAGAUUUUCCUUUACUAUUUUGUAAACUCAGUAUAUUUGUACAUAGUUAUUUAUUUAUUGGAGAUAAACUAGACCGCGGGCAAAACCCUUGCUUAUGACAUCACAUGUAGAAAAUAAACAAAUAAUGCAUUCUUGGGUUGUGUCUGUUCACCUCCCCUCCCCCCGUCCCCCAUUUUAUGUCAUUAAGCAGGGUUGGUGAACAAUGCAAAUACCAUGAAAUGCAUUUAAAGGCUGUUCCACACCCAUCACUAGCUUCCAUCUGCUUGUGGCGUCAUCUCUGACUUUCAAAGAUCUUUCCAGAAGAGAUUAUUUUCACUGUAGAGGGACCUCAUGUUAUGUCUGUGUGCACAAAUAUUUAUAUUUUUCCUUCUGUAAUUACAACAACUUCAUACACAGGACUUGCGUCCAUGCAUUUUAAAACACAUUAAAGGGUUAUUUGUUGGGAUACACUAAGGAAAUAGUCUGGGGCAUGUCUAGAAUCCCAGCUGUGUGUCCUGCCCAUGGUCUGCUAUUAUCUUCUUUCUGAAAUAUGCAAACAACAGUCAUGAAGGGGUCUCAGUGUGCGGCUCAAAUUCCAACAAUUGUUUCCACAUACCGAAGU